AAGUGAUGUAAUGAGGCACCUCUAACUCUGCCUCAAUGACAGGCAGAUACAGGGACGGAUCCAGAGGGAGCGUGACACUGCUGUCUGACCCUACCUAACUGGUUGCCAUAACUGUCAGCUCUCCAGCUCCACCUCCAGCAUUCUACCUGCAGGGCUAGGCUUGAAACGGAUUGGUUCUCUGCACACAUGUGACGUGUGCAGUGCUGAGGAGCCCACCCAGCAGCUAACGUGCUGGGCUCAGUGAUGGCCCAGCUCUCAGUCCGGGGCCUGGAGGAGUCAGCGCCGCCGAGGAAAGAUGCACCACCACAGUGACUGAGGCAACCAGCAAAGUCCCAGCCAGGUCAGCCACUGUGGGCACGAGGCGCCCAGCAAGGAGGAUGUUAAAUGAAGCGGAAGAUGGCUCCAUUGCCCUGGCCCCUACUUUCGUCAGUCUGGGAUAGGAUCAGUGGGCAAGAGUGGCAGCUAAAACCCUGACAAGCGAUGGUUAUUCUCCAAAAGGGAGAACAUGUUUGGCUGGAUAUCAGUUCGGACAGCAGAGUGCCCAUUGGUGCUGUGGUUAAAGAUUCACGCAGCGGACAGACCCUGCUUGAGGAUGAUGAUGGCAAGGAACACUGGAUCUCUGCACGGAACAUGGGAUGCGUACACACUAUGCACCCCAGCUCGGCCCAGGGAGUGGAAGACAUGAUCAGACUGGGAGACCUUAACGAAGCUGGCAUUGUCCACAACUUGCACAUGCGAUACAAAGAGAACAACAUCUAUACAUACACUGGGGCCAUCUUGGUGGCUGUGAACCCAUAUGAGGAGUUGCCUUUUUAUCACAAUGAACAUAUCCAAAUGUACAGGAACCGGCGCAUUGGAGAACUUCCUCCUCACAUUUUUGCACUGGCUGAUACCUGUUUCUUCAACAUGCAGAGGACGAGAACCGACCAGUGCUGUGUAAUUAGCGGAGAGUCUGGAGCUGGGAAGACAGAGAGCACAAAGUUAAUGCUGCAGUUUCUGGCAUCGUCUAGUGGUCAACAUUCCUGGAUAGAGCAGCAAAUUCUGGAGGCCAAUCCUAUAAUGGAAGCCUUUGGAAAUGCAAAAACCAUCAGGAACGACAACUCUAGCCGUUUUGGAAAAUACAUAGAAAUUCACUUCUCCAAGGAGAAUGUGAUUGAGGGAGCUCGCAUUGAGCAGUUCCUGUUGGAGAAGUCACGUGUCUGCAGACAGGCUUCAGGUGAGAGAAACUAUCACAUAUUCUACAGCAUGCUGCUUGGAAUGGGAUCAGAGCAAAAGAAGCAAUUUACCCUGGGCAACUCUUCAGACUACAAGUACCUGACCAUGGGAGGCUGCACAGUCUGUGAGGGGCGCAAUGAUGUCAGAGAUUACACUCAAGUUCGUUCUGCUAUGAAGAUUCUUCUUUUCUCUGAGCAAGAUCAAACUGACAUCAUUAAAUUGCUGGCAGCUAUUCUACACCUGGGCAACUUGGAGUUCCAAAGUGCGAUGUAUGGAAAUCUUGACUGCUGUGAUGUUCUUGAUUCCAUCCAUUUGACCAGUGUUGCUACAUUGCUUGAGAUGAACUUAAUGGAACUAAGAAACUGCCUUACGAAACACACCAUAAUAGUUCGAGGAGAAAGCGUUUCCAAGCCUCUGACCUGCUCCCAAGCGUCUGAAGGGAGAGAUGCUUUCACAAAAGGUAUUUAUGGUCGAAUGUUUAUGUGGAUAGUGACUAAAAUCAAUGGGGCUAUUUUUAAGCCAGAACUGGGUACUGAGUGCAGGUCUAUCGGACUAUUGGACAUCUUUGGUUUUGAGCAUUUUAACACAAACAGCUUUGAACAGCUUUGCAUUAAUUUUGCCAAUGAACAUCUACAGCAGUUUUUUGUGCGCCAUAUAUUCAAGCUUGAGCAGCAGGAAUACAUUGCAGAGCAGUUACCCUGGCAACACAUCGACUUCACUGACAACCAGCGCACAUUGGAUCUCAUUGCCCUACGACCCAUGAACAUCAUCUCACUCAUUGAUGAGGAAAGCAAGUUUCCCCAGGGAACAGAUGCUACUAUGUUGAUCAAAUUGAAUUCCAAUCACAGCAAAAGUAACAUUUAUAUUGCAUCCAAAAGUGUCCACGACACAAAAUUUGGAAUAAACCAUUUUGCAGGAGUUGUGUACUAUGAAACGGCAGGAUUCCUGGACAAGAACCGUGAUUUGUUGAGUACCGAUUUUCUUCUUAUGAUCCACUCUUCUACCAGUAAAUUUCUGAAGCGGGUCUUCCAACUGGAGAAGGAAACCAAUAGCACCUCAAUGCGUGGAAUCAUCCGAAACACAAGCCUUAGCAAUCACAAGAUCUCAGACACAAGUAAGUCUUUACCCACUCUUGGUGGACAAUUCAAACAGUCUCUGGAGCAGCUGAUGAAAAUUCUGGGCAGUUGCCAGCCUUACUUUGUUCGUUGCAUCAAGCCUAACACAUUAAAGAAGCCAUUGGUGUUUGAUCGGGAGCUGUGUAUCCAGCAACUGCGAUACUCUGGAAUGAUGGAAACCAUAAGAAUCCGGAAGGCAGGGUACCCAAUUCGUUAUUUCUUCUCUGAAUUCUCCCACAGAUUUCGAGUGUUACUGCCGCUGAAUUCUCCUAGUCGCAAUAAGUGGGACCAUCUAGAUUGCUGCAUUGAUAUUAUUGAGGCGGUCAUUGGAAAAAAUGAAGACUGGAAAAUAGGAAAGACAAAAGUUUUUUUAAAGGAUUAUCAUGACACAAAACUGGAGGUGGAACGUGACAAAGCCCUCACAUACAAAGCAGUUCUUAUCCAAAGGGUUUUAAGAGGAUAUAAAGACAGGAAACGUUUUCUUAUACAGAGAGCGGCUGCAGUGACGCUACAAGCAGCGUGGAGGGGAUACUUCUGCAGGAAAACCUAUCUCAAGAUGCGCCAUGGUUUCCAAAGGCUGCAAGCAGUCAUAAGAAGCAGGCAGCUCCGUCUGCAGUAUCAGAAAUCUCAGGCAAUCAUUACCAAGCUACAGGCAAGAUGCAGGGGUUAUUUGCUACGGAAGAGGCUUGCACAGGAAAAAAAGGCCGUUCUGGUUCUUCAAACAUAUACCAGAGGCUUUCUGGCUCGUAAUAAAUACCAGGAAUUUAAGAACAGUGCUGUGCAGAUCCCAAUCCAAGGUUUGGCCAUAGAAAAGAAAAUAAUGAAGAAAGAUCUUCUCCUACAACAAGAGAAGGAAAACCUGGCUAUGGUGGAACAAGUGUUUGGGUUUUUACCGGACGUGGAACUAGACACACCUCUGUUUUUGGAUGAGAUAGACCUGGACACUUUGCCUCUUCAGCCAGAGAAAGAUAUUGACUACCUGGCAGAAUUUACCUUUCCUAAGUUUGCUGCUACUUACUUUCAAGGAUCUGCAACAGAUACCCACAUACGAAAGCCUUUACAUCAGCCACUGCUUUAUCAUGAGGACCACAGUGAUGUUCUGGCCUCUUUAGCUGUUUGGAAGACUAUACUUCGUUUUAUGGGGGAGCUUCCAGAACCUGUGUUAUACUCUCCAAAAUCUGGCAGCCAGAGCAGCUCUAUGAUAACACAAAUUUUUGACACCUUAACCAGGAAAAACGACAUUCUGGCUGGCAUGAGAGAUAACAAGGGGGGGUCACCAAGCAACAACCAGGGAAGAAACUUCAACAAAGAAAUAUCCUCUAUGAAACUGAAAAGAUCGUCAAAAGUCACUGAGCAGGUUUCGAGUCAGCUGAGCAGUGGGAGAGAUAUACCUCAGGAGGAAAGCUCUAUCAUUGAUAAACCCAUGUCCAUGUUGGAGAAAGUACAUUUCAUAGUAGGCAAUGGAAUCCUGCGUCCUGAAAUCCGGGAUGAGAUCUACUGUCAGAUCUGCAAGCAACUUACUGGAAACAAGAGUAGAACUAGCUACGCACGUGGCUGGAUCCUGCUGUCACUGUGUUUAGGCUGCUUUCUACCUACGGAAAAAUUUGUCAAGUACCUGCAGAAUUAUAUCCGGGGACAACAGAUAGCACACAGCUCUGUGUGUAUGAAACAGUUCAUCCGAACCAUGGCUAAUGGAGUACGAUCAGAGCCUCCAAGCUGGCUGGAGCUGCAGGCUAUGAAAGGUGUGGCAUCUCUAGAUGUGCCUGUCAAGAUCAUGAAUGGAGAAAGUGUAAUCAUCCAAGCAGAUUCUGCCACCUCUGCUAAGGAGAUAUGUAGGAGCAUUGCCCAGAGACUGAAGCUGAAGGACAUCUUUGGUUUUUCUGUUUACAUCUCAAUAUAUGAUAAGGUGUGGUCACUGGGGAGUGGAUCAGAUCACCUAAUGGAUGGUAUCUCACAGUGUGAGCAAUUAGCCAAGGAAAAGGGCGAGCAGGAGAAACAUGCGCCCUGGCGUCUGUUCUUCCGUAAGGAGAUCUUCACUCCUUGGCAUAAUUCUUCAGAAGACCCUGUGAGCACUGACCUCAUCUACAACCAGGUCAUACGUGGCUUGUGCUUUGGCGAGUAUCGUUGUGGGAAGGCAAGGGAUCUAGUGGAGCUAAUGUCCAAACACCACUAUAUUAAAUAUGGUGAGGUCUUAAAAGAUGAACACAUAUACAGUGUCAUAAAAGACUGUAUUCCAGCAAAAGUAAUGGCAGCUAAGCCCAGUGCUUACUAUGCAAAUUUACUGAAGGAAAAUCAAGCUAAGGCCCAAUGUGUGAUAGAGAAGACUCCUGCACUGCAAGUAAUGGAGACAGUAGUAGAUUAUUCCAGUCAGCAGUGGCCUCUCUUGUUUUCAAAGUUCUUUGAGGCCUCUAAAUUUGCAGGACCCAGCAUCAGUAGGACCCACUUCAUUAUUGCAAUAAACUGGAAGGGAGUGAGUUUUCUUGAUGAGAAUGAAAAAAAACUCCUGGAUCUUUCAUUUCCGGAGUUAAUUGGCAUCCGUACAAACAGGGCUGAUAAGUCAUUUGGACAGUGCUGUGUCUUAAAUACUCUGCGGGGGGAACAGUUUGUCCUGACUUCACAGCACAGUGAAGAAAUUGCUAAGCUGCUCCUACACUUUUUGGACGGACUAAAGAGCAGAUCCCAGUAUGCUGUAGCUCUACAGGACAGCUCCAGGACAUUCAAAGACUCAUUGGGUUCCAUGGAAAAAACACUGACAGAUGAACCUGAGCUUUUGAAUGUUCGGAGUGGAGAUCUGCUGCUUCUUGACAGAAGUCCAGAACUUCAGUCCGGGCCCAAUUGGAUCUAUGCCCAGAAUGAGAGGACUGGGAAAAGUGGUGCUGUGUCUUUGGAUGCCAUCCAUAUUGUACCAAGCCUUAACAAGCCCACAACUGAAAUACUGAGGCUGAUCGCAAUGUCCCCAGAGCAGCGCAAAUCAGAAUUAAUCAGUUCUCAGUUUGAUGACUUUGGGCUGUUGGAGAAAGCAAAGCCUUACACAUUGGAGGAAUUCUCAAUGCAGUAUUUCAGGCCUCCAGAUCCUGAGUCUGUUUCCAGGGCCUUUUUACAGAGAUCCCGUGGUAAGUCACACCUCUGGGCAUACUCCAGGGAACCGCUGAGACAUCCCCUGCUGAAGAAGGUGUCUGAAGUGGCUGAACUGCAGGACUAUGCAUGCCAAGCUUUCAUUGCCAUUAUGAAAUACAUGGGUGAUUAUCCAUCAAAGCAGUCACACUCCCCAGUGAACCUUACAGACCAGAUAUUCCUGGGCCCCCUGCGUGAGGAGACACUGAGAGAUGAAAUCUACUGCCAGAUCUUGAAGCAAAUGACGGGAAACAGCAACAGCUACAGCAUGAGCAGCGGGUGGCAGUUGCUUUGGCUCUGUACUGGGAUAUUUCCACCUAGUAAAAGUUUGUUGGUCCACGUUCAGAAAUUCAUUGAGUAUUAUGGGAAAGAGACACUAUCCAAGGAGUGUAAACAAAGGAUCCAAAGAGUGCUACAAACUGGCCCCAGAAAGCAGCCACCUCACCUGGUGGAAGUUGAAGCCAUAAAAGGGAUGACCACAAAGAUCUACCACAAGUUCUACUUCCCAAAUGGCACAGAAGAGGCAUUUGAGGUUAAAACAAACACUAAAGUGAGGGAAUUGUGCCAGAACAUCUCCAACAAGCUGCAGCUCACCUCUUGGGAGGGUUUCAGCAUCUUUCUGAAAAUAGGAGACAAGAUUAUCAGCCUAAAUGAGCAAGACUAUUUCUAUGAUUCACUGAGGGACCUAAAUGACUACAUACGGAAGAGCCGUCCCAUUGCAGGAACUUUUACCUUUGCCAAUUUCCAGUUAUAUUUCAUGCGGAAAUUAUGGGUAAAUGCCCAGCCAGGGAAGGAUAUCAAGGCUGAUUGUAUAUUUCAUUAUCACCAGGAGCUCCCAAAAUACAUGCGCGGAUACCACCGCUGCUCUGUGGAGGAUGCUGUGAACUUAGCUGGUCUGAUAUAUAAAGUGCAGUACAACAAUGACCGCUCUCAGCUUGCCAAUAUUAAUAAAGUCCUGCGAGAAUUCGUCCCGGAGGAACUACUGCGCCUCAGUUCUCAGGAAGACUGGAAAAAGAAUAUAAUAGCAGCUUAUAAUAAACAUGAGAAGAAAACAGUGGACGAAGCUAAAGUGGCAUUUCUCAAGCACAUUAACAAAUGGCCAACAUAUGGCUCUGCGUUCUUUGAGGUGAAGCAAUCCUUCGACCCAGAAUUUCCCGAUAUCGUGCUCAUUGCAAUAAACAAGCUUGGAGUAUCACUCUUUAAUCCCAAGACAAAGGAAUUGCUGGUUAAUCACCCUUUAAAUAAGAUUUCUCGCUGGAACAGUGGAAACACAUACUUCCAGAUGACAACAGGAAAUCUUGUGCGAGAUAAUAAGAUUCUGUGCGAGACAUCAUUGGGCUACAAGAUGGAUGACCUGCUGACAUCUUAUAUUAAUUACUUUCUGUCGAAACAGCACAAGGUGACAGAUCCAUAAGGCAGCUGUUGUAGGAUCUGACUAUCCGAUCAUCUUCGACUCCUUACCCUGAUAAAUAAAUUGCAGCCAAUAUGUGCCUAUUGCUACAAUAAAAGAAAGAUAAUCCUUA